AUGUCUACUUCUGUUCCUGGCGCCACGCAGACCGGCACCGGCGGCGACUCCUUGACCGUGGAUCUUAGCGCCCAGUUCAACGGUGCUGAUAUGGUGUGGGUGGCUAUUUCCGGUGUUAUCGUGUGGAUCAUGGUCCCCGGCGUCGGUUUGUUGUACCUGGGACUUUCGAGAAAAAAACACGCUCUUUCGCUCAUGUGGGCGUCGCUCAUGGCGCUUUCACUCACCACUUUCCAUUCGCUGUUUUUGGGCACUUUGGCCAAUUUUUGCCUUAUGGACGUGCUCGGCGCUCCUUCUGUCAACGACUCCUUGCCUGAUAUUUUAUACUGCUUCUUCCAGGGCAUGUUUGCCUGUGUCACUGCCAUUUUGAUGGUUGGUGCUGGCUGCGAAAGAGCCCGUUUGGCUCCCAUGAUGGUUUUCUUGUUUAUCUGGUUGACUGUGGUGUACUGCCCAAUUGCCUUCUGGACUUGGGGCGGAAACGGCUGGUUGGCCAACCUCGGGGCUUUGGAUUUUGCUGGCGGUGGUCCAGUUCACGAAAACGCCGGUUUUGCCGCUUUGGCCUACUCCAUGGUUUUGGGUAAGAGACACGAUCCCUUGACCAACGGCAAGGUGCCGAAAUACAAGCCCCACUCGGUCUCGUCCAUUGUUUUGGGUACCGUUUUCUUGUGGUUCGGCUGGUUCGGCUUCAACGGUGGUUCGACCGGCAACGCUUCCAUCAGAUCCUGGUACGCCUGUGUCAACACCCAGAUUGCUGCUGCUUCGGGUGCUUUGACCUGGAUGUUUGUUGAUUGGUUCCGUACUGGCGGUAAGUGGUCCACGGUGGGUCUCUGUAUGGGUGCUAUUGCUGGUCUUGUGGGGAUCACUCCAGCUGCUGGUUUCGUGCCAGUGUACACCUCUCUCGUUUUUGGUGUUGUUCCUGCUAUCGCCUGUAACUUUGCCGUUGACCUCAAGAACAUCAUCAGGAUCGACGACGGUAUGGACGUUUUCGCUCUUCACGGAAUUGGUGGUUUCCUCGGUACUUUCAUGACCGGUUUGUUUGCCGCCGACUACAUUGCCAAGUUGGACGGCGCUACCGAAAUUGACGGUGGCUGGAUGAACCACAACUACAUCCAGUUGGGUUACCAGCUUGCUGCUUCCACCUCCAACGGUGCAUGGUCUUUCUUCGUCACUGCCAUUAUUUUGUUCAUCAUGGACAAAAUCCCAUUCCUCAGAUUGCGUUUGCAUGAGGACGAGGAGUUGAUGGGCGUUGACUUGUCUCAGAUUGGUGAAUUUGCCUACUACGACAGCGACAAUGAGUCCGCCUUGGGCACCAAAAACUCCGCUUACGUUGCCGAGCCAAUCAGAUCCAACGACCCCCGUGUGGCCCAAUUGAAAACUGCCUCCAACAAGGAGGAGCUCGACGGUGUUAACAAAAAUGGCGAGAAGUUCUCUCCCGAGGACUCAAGCGAAAAUCACAGUAACAAGCACCUGUCCACUAUCAACAACACCUACGACAACAUGACAUCCAAAAUUUCUCCCGGUGAGGGAAUUCCCGGUUUUUUACAUUUAGGAAUUCUGCUUUAUGAUACCGUGGCUAAGCUCAGAUCAUCAGACUACAAAAUGCAAAUUGCUUACUCGUCUCAGAAGUACCUUGAGUCACCAAUUCUAGUGACGCUUCCGUCAUUGGGACUUAGACUCACAUUCCUGAACCUGCUGAGCCAGGAGCUCCAGCUUAUAGAGGUUUUGAAUUUUGAUAUGCUCAAACUCUCGUACAACAGCCAGCCAUUGAACGAGAUCCAGUUCUUUGAGGCUCCGGAAGAGGAGGAAGCGCUAGAGAGGCCACCAUUGCAGAAGCAAGUCACUCCACCGUGUUUGAAGGUCAUUUACAAUAAGAUUUUUGGUCCCACAUACCCCGGAAAGCUAGACUUGACAAAGCAGACCUAUGUGUUGAACUACCCGGGUAUCAGCUUUAAGUUUGAGAUUCGGCUGAAGGAGCUACUCGCAAAACUAGCAUCGAUAACAGAUGAGGAUCAGGUGCUUUCGAAGCUUGUCAAUUGGGACGUGGCGCCUGAGAUUCCAUGUGUCUCUUUGGCAAUCUUCAGGGGUAAGGAUAUCACGAGUUUCUUAGCCAGCUUCCGAGAAACUGUAGCUCUUCGGAAGACCUCUGGACUCGCCAGUGCCCCCUGUGUGGAGAAAAUCAAGGUCGAGCUCGAACUAGGCGACAUACUGGUUUUCUACUCUCAAAACGAAGGUAAGAAGGAUAUGGAAAGCCUCAAGCUAGGAGUGAGCACGCAGCAAGACGUGGUGAGGGUUUUAGGCCCUCCAGAUGCCUACUUCAACAAGUUUGACUCGCGUCUUUUGAUUCACAAGCACCUCAAAACGGCCACGGCCCCAAGUGAACGAGCUGGCUCUGUUUACAAAUUCCACAACUACUUCCGCUUGGGAGUGGACUUGCUCUACAACUUGAACCACAAUGACAAGGUUGGUGGCGUACUUGAAAAGAUUGUUCUUCACAAUGGUGGCAUAGCGGAGUCAUUAGACUUCAUGCAGUGGAACAGAUGCAACUGGGAGAUACGCUGGAACUCCAGCAGCAAGACCAAAGUUGACUCAUCCAUGUACUUCCACGAAUUUGGUAGUGAAUUCCUCAAGGAGAUAAGCACUGUGAAGACUGACCCCGUCAUGCUCAACCGGAAUGAGUCAGAGAUAACCCGUGACGAGGACUUGGAAAUUUUACAUGUCACCGAAAAUGGCAAGCUGGACUCUAAUCAGUCACUGUCAACGACUUCCAUCAGCUCUAAACCUUCCAAUGAGUUCAAGACUUGGGGGCAGUCCAAAUUGUAUGGUUAUGACAGGUGCAUCUGGGAAGUCAUUGAGAGCAACAACUGCGUAUCCAACGUCACCAUCUAUUAA